CUAAAUACAAACCAUUUGAAGUUGAACCCUGAUCGAUGAAAUUCAACCGUAACCGAAUAACAAUUUCAGCAACUCUAUAACCGAAUAACAAAACCAUGAACCGUCAAGACUCCAUAAGACGUGAUCGUUCAUUCGAUAGUGUCUUAAACAAAUUGAUGCGACUUCGAUCGGAAAAUCAUGAGAGCUUCAAAGCUGCAAUGUAUAAUUUCCUGAUAGCAGCUGGUUUGGCUGCUUUUGCUUCAGUUUGUAUUAUCCUUGGUCCCUUUGUCAAACCUCUUCUCUGGGCAUUCCUUAUGGGUGCAGUUUUAUUUCCAUUCAAAAGAAAGCUAGCCGAUCUACUUAAAGGAUGGUUCGAAGGACUAGAAGUUUACGAUUCAAAUGUAUUGGUUUCAAUAUGCCUAGCACCAUUAGAAACAACUGAAUAUUGCGGCAGGAAACUUGUUGAAUGGUUGCGAGAACAUUGGCAAAUCAUAACAGCUGGUAUGGGAAUAGCCACAUGCAUUAAACUGCUCUACUUGUAUGCUCCCAAAGGAUUUCUUUGUGCAGUCUGGCGGCUAAUAAUUUUUAGUCAUUCGCUGUUUGUACAAAUUAUUGCAAUUUUAAAUAUUUAUUUAUUAUUGACUAUAAUCAUUUUGUACCUUACAUCGGUUUACAUGUUUUGGAAGCCAGAAAACUCAUCGAGAUUUGUGAUUGCUGGUCAAUCGCUUUGGAUUGCUGUAGUCAGCUACGCUUGUAGCUUCUUUGGAGCACUACAAGUUCCUGUAUUUAUGUUAAUCAUGGCUUACACUGGCUUCGCAAUUGUCUACUACUUAAACAAAACCCAGGAUUCCAGUUCGAUAGUAGAAAAAUUUAAGCUGUUAAUGGAUAAAAAUGCUUUCAUGCAAUCCGUUAAUGACAUAAGUAGCAGUAAAACAACCGACACCGAGGAUAACUCGAUGGCUGAAUCACUUGACUCAAUGGAAAUAGAAUCAGAUUCAAAGGAUGAAGAUCAUCUGAGCGAUUUCUAUUUUAAAAUGCUUUUCUGUGCCUGCGUUGCUACGUUCCUCUAUCGCAAUGUCUGGGUAUUUAUUUUGGCUGCGAUUCCAAUCACAAUUCAUUUGGUGUACACUAUUGGUAAUGUUACCGGUUUGACAAAUUUCAUUUGGGAAAAAAUAACUGGAGUCUAUUUAAACUUGAAGGAAUGGGCUCUAGACCAUCACAGUGCUGUUCUACCACUCUGUCUACCCGGUGUCCUUGUAUUAAACUAUAAAAUUAACAGUGUUGUUCGGAACUCGCUUAAGUCAUCAGUUGAUGUAGUGACAUCUAUUCUAAUGAUCAUUUUGAUGAUUUUAAUCAUUGUCUUCCUUGGAGUAUUCUUCUGUGUGAAUAUUUACUCCGAAACAAUUGAAGUAGCUUAUUUGGGUAAGGAUUUAAUAAAUAAGACAUUCACCGAUCGACCAGAGUUGGUGGAUAUUCUUCCCGCCAAUAUGCAAUCGUCAAUUGAUGAUGCCCUUGAUAAUGCACAUCAUUAUGGACGGCGGAAGAUUGAACAGUAUAUCGAUGAUUGGUUGAAAGAUGCUGAUCCAGUGCAUAGUGUUAAGCUGAAGAAUCAAAUACUCGAUGUGUUUGAUCGUUUGAUACAGUAUUGGAUUGAUUUUAAUAAGUCUGAUACUUAUGGACCGAGAGUGCCAACGGAUGCACUUAAGAGUACAUUUGGAGAAAUUGUUGAUAAUCCUCGACAUUUUAAAGAGCUAGUUUUAGUGGCAAAACAGGGUAUCAUCGGAUGGGCUCAAAGCAACACUCAAACCAUCCUCGAAGUAGCCGAAUCACUCUGGCACAUUAUACGAACCAAUUUAUCGAUGAUAAUGAGUUUUACUGGAGAUAUAAUAUCUUUGAUACUAUCAGGAGGUCAAGCAUGUGUUGAAUUCAUUCUGGAUAUGAUAAUUUUUUUUACUGGUUUGUUUUAUCUCCUGAGUAGCAGUGAUAAAAAAUAUGCACCGCUCCAGGUGACCAAUUAUCUGGGCUUUUCGUCAGGUUCAAAAAUAGCUGAUGCCUUAGAGAAUUCGAUAUCUGGUGUUCUCAUUUCGAUGUUCAAGUGUUCUGUAUUUCAAGGACUUUUUACUUGGCUUGUUCAUACGAUUUUCGGCGCCAGAAUCGUUUUUCUGCCAUCGGCUGCCGCGGCUAUAUUGUCUGCAGCACCAUUCUUAGGUAGUUACUGGUGUUCUUUGCCAGCUUUUCUAGAAUUAUGGUUGGCUCAGGAUCAGUUCUACGCUGGACUUUUGUUAUUCCUUUUGAUGUUCUUUAUUCCACCAUACUUUGAACAGGCCAUCUAUGCCGAAAUGAGAGGUGGCGGGCAUCCCUAUUUGACUGGACUGGCUAUUGCUGGUGGUAUGUACUGGUUGGGCUGGCAAGGGGCGAUAUUCGGGCCAUUGAUGUUGUGCUUUUUUAUUGGAAUAUUUGAGGUUGCUUCAGUGGCGUUACGCUCUGACGAGCCAAGGAGAAAUUCUGACGAAGAUACUAGAACGCCGUGAGUUUCACUUGAUAUUCUACAUAGUUUAUAAAUGCUUUAAAGAAGAACAAUCGCCGCCAUUCUUCGUAUGUGCAUUGAUAUCAAUCCGAAAACAAUCAAAAACAAGAUCACUCGGAUUGAUUUGAUACGAUACAACGAUUUUUAUCUGCAGUGUGUAUAAUAUGAAAAAGAACCUCGAAUUUGUUAAUUUUUAAACUUCUAUUCUAAACUAAUGCCUUAAGCUUAUCUAAAAUUCUUUGUUUAACAUAUUAACAAAACUAAUUUUAUAUUUUAUUUGUCUCAAUUCCGUCUUUAUGUUAAUAAUAAAUGUUUACUUUUAUCUUGCA